CUUUAUAUCAAUGAUUAUUGGAAUCAUUGGAACUACUUGUGCUGGCAAAAAGACUUUGGUGAAGAUACUUGUGGAGGAGCAUAAGUUUGUGAAAUAUGAAACUGACUGUGGCGUAGUUGAUAAGUUGGUAAAGGAAGGUUGGAAAAAAGAUUGCUUUAUUGUUGUUGUUUUGAAUUGUUGGCAACAAUUGACACUCUUGAGAAAGCGUCCUUUCUUUCUUCUCGUAUCGAUAGAUGCACCUCUAUGGUUACGGUUUAAAAGAGCUUCGGAGGUUUUAUGUUGUACUUCUUUGGAAACUUUUGUGAAGGAACACGAUCGAGAGCUUGUUGACACUAGUUUUUGUAGCUGUGGAAAACACAAAUUGAACAAAACAAAUCAUCACUGGGAACUAUCGAGACUUGGUAGUUUAAUGCGUUCUGCCGAUAUUCAGUUAUUCAACGACGAUACUUUGGAUGUUUUGCGAAACAAAGUUAUUUCUAUUAGAAUAGCAAAUCCAGAAAGAUUGCGACCUUCUUGGAAUACUUACUUUAUUAGGAUUGCAUAUUUGGCUGCCACUCGUAGUAACUGUAUGAAGCGACGAGUAGGAGCAUUGGUUGUUCGUGAUAAUCGAAUAGUAUCGACUGGAUAUAAUGGAACUCCUAUUGGAACUACCAACUGCAAUGACUCUGGUUGUCUUCGAUGCAAUAGUUUUACAACUGCAGGACAUAACUUGGAUGAAUGUCUUUGUCUUCACGCGGAAGAGAACGCAAUCAUCGAAGCAGGAAGAGAACGUUGUAAAAAUGCUACUCUAUAUUCCAAUGUAUUUCCUUGUCUUUCAUGUGCCAAAAAAAUCGUUCAAGCAGGCAUUUCCAAAGUUGUUUAUCAUUCUGAAUAUUCCAUCGAUAUUGCGGCAAAGAAACUUUUCCAAGCAGCUAAUAUUGAAGUUGUUCAAAUCUUUGACGAGAGUUUGACUGCACUACCCGAUGGAAUAUACUCCUAAUCAGUAAGAACCAGUUCUUCUACCAAGUCUUCGUCGUUGGAUAUUGAAUCUUUUCCAUUUUCCCAUGACUGUUCCUCUCUCUUCAUUCUUUUCUCCUCCUUCAAUGAAGUGGCAUUUGAUUGAAUCCAUGGUUCCUCCAAGUCUAUAAUGGUAGAUGUUAAAAGUUUUUCCUCUUUGAUUACUCUUCGUUGUUCUAAAUCGAAGAACAUUUCCAUCGGUGUCUUUUCUUCAGAAGAAAACCCAAGUGGGGAACACAAUGUUUCACUUUUCAAUUGUGUUGGCCCACAAUUUGACUGUCUUCGAAGUUUCCUAAUCAAAUUAGCAUUCUCUUCCAAUUGUUGUGUCAAUUCCUUCAUGAUUUGACGAAACUUGGAUACCUUGGUUUCCUUCAUAAAGUCAUUCAAAGAAAUCAUCGUUGGAACAAUCAACUCGGGAAAUGCAACAUUUCUAGAUAAUAUUGAAAAAUGUUCUGCAAGUAAAUAGACUACUUGAGAAACAACUCCAUCACGAAAGGCUCUAGUAUUUAAUUGCCGUUGUGGUAUUCUUAAA